AUGAAGAACUGGAAGCAGCUGGAUCUCUUUCAGAGGGAGGCUAAGGUGCUCAAGGGCUUGAGACAUCCGGGGAUACCCAGGUACCUGGACUGCUUCGAGGAGGAGAGCGAGGAGCGAGGGAAGACAUUUCUUCUGGUGCAGCAGCUAGCCCCGGGAAGAACGCUAGAGCAGAUGGUGGAAGACGGCUGGAGGCCGACCGAGGCCGAGGUUCGGCGGAUCGCGGAGAGGGUGCUAGAGAUCCUCGUGUACCUCCACGGCCUGCGGCCGGCGAUCGUGCAUCGCGACCUGAAGCCGGAGAACAUCGUGAUCGAGGGAGGUAGCUCUGGGGGCCGCGUGUUUCUCGUGGACUUCGGCGGGGUGCAAGGCGCCGUCACGGACAAGCCCAGCUCCACCGUCAUCGGCACCUACGGGUACAUGUCUCCCGAGCAGUUCCGUGGCGAGGCGGUGGCGGAGUCGGACCUCUACGCCCUCGGCGGCACCGUGCUUUUUCUUCUGUCCGGGGGACGUCACCCCAGCGAUUUCCAGGAUGGAAGUGGCCUUCCAAGGACGGGUGCCGUGCGGCCAGCUUGUGGAAACCCUGCUGGAGGGAUUGCUAGAGCCUUUCCCGGAAGACCGCUUGUCGGCGGAACAGGUUCUUCUCCGAGCGGUGGGCUUUCCGCUCUAAGCAAGCGCCGGAAGGUGACUUCGAAUGAACGGGGUGGGGGCGACGAUGACUGGAGGGGGUACGGCGAAGUGGAACCGCUGGGGGUGGGGGUGGGGGAGACUUCUUCUGUUGCUGCAGAGGGGGACGACGGGGGUAGUCUGUUCGGCCUCGUGAAGCGGCGGCCGGUGGGAGCCCGGACAUCCAUUCGGAGGGAAGGCGGCACGCUGGUUGUGGAUAUCCCCCCCGAGGGACUCUCCGGACAGGCGGCAUCGGUGGGGGCGUUUGCCUUGAUGUGGAACGGCAUCGUGAUCGGGAUGACGGCCUCCUUGCUCACCGGCGGCGUGGCGGCCCUCUUCCCGGCGCUGUGGAUGUCGCCCUUCUUGUUCGCCGGCGGCAAGCUGGGCCUGGAAACCGCCAAGCGGAUCUGCAUGUGGGAGAGGCUGGAGGUCGGGAUGGGUCGGUGGAGCCUGAACCAACGCUGGGCCCCUUUGAGGCGCACCUCCUCCUCGUCGUCGUCUUCGAGCAAGAAGACAAGGGGCAAGACAAAACGGAGCGAAACCGCGAGCGAGGCAGCUCAGUGGGAAGCGGAUUGGCGUAGCGCGAAAACCGCAGAUUCCGAGGUGGCAGGAAGCACGCAUGACUUGGUGGCUUGCCGGUCUCUGGUGAAGCGGGCCUCGGACGAGCACGGCAACCCGGUGGAGAACUGGUCGCUCCAGCUCAUCGAGGGCGUCAAUCGCCAUGCGUUCGGCGAGACCCUGCCGCCCGAGGAACAGAUCUGGAUUGCCGAGGAGGUUGACAGGCACAUUCAGGCGUGUCUGAGGGUGGUGGUCGGGGGAGGGACAGGGGAUAACUAG